CAACAACAACAACAACAGCAACAACAACAACAGCAGCAGCAACAGCAACAACAACAACAACAGCAACAGCAGAGAUUGUCAUUUGAUAGCCUACCACAAGAAUUGAAUUUUGGAUCGAAUACACUCUCAAUAGAGGACUCCCAAGCGGCUUUCAAGCUAAUGCAAGCCGUUACGAGCCAGUUGACCAAUCAGAACCAGCCGUUAUCGGUGCAACAACAAAAACAGCAGCAACACACGAACAUAAGACAAAGCACGUCAAUUGCUGCAGACGUCAAAGCAGGGCGGCAGUUCAGACGGAAUGUGAUUUCGGCAGACACUUUACAUCAGCAUCAGCAGACAAAGCCGCAGCAGGCCAUCAUUGCGCCCACGCCUAUAUCCAACCAACCGAUCCCCGUUCAUUUAACCAGGGCGGUCGACAUGGACUUAAAGAAAAUAGGUGUGAGCAAAGCAACUGCAAGUUCCUCUGUCAAGAUAUCUCAGAUGGGUGUGAAGCCCAAGAAUCAAGCAAUACGUCCGAGACAGCCAGCUAAGAUUGCCCCUGCUCCACCCGCCCCAUCAACGUCUGGAUUGGCCGGCAAUGCUGCAUUGAUUACUCAAUUGCUUACACAAGGAGCCAUUAGACAACAGAGUAGUUCUGACAUCUUAUCUGCUGCAACUUCAAAUACCACUAUGUUCCAACCCGUGAAGACAGAGUUCCCAGUCACCUCUACACAAAGCUCACUGAUGACAGAUCUGUCGUCGAGUCUCUUUGCUUCACCCUCAAGAAUGCCAACCACCACAUCUGCAGCUUCUUCCUUCAACACUGAUAUAGCAUCAGUCCCAAGCACUAGUUCUGGUGUAUCUCGUCCAGACUCUCCUGUCUUCUCAUUGGGUGCCUCGUCAUCACCGGGAGAGGGUUUGAAGAUAGACAUGCACAUAUCAGCUGAGCAGAAAAGACGAGUGAAUAUCAAGUCUGGCUUUGACACGUUACACAAGCUCAUCCCAGCCCUGAGUCAGAACCCAAACGCUAAGGUCAGCAAAGCAUCCAUGCUACAGAAAGGAAUUGAGUACCUGAAGAAGGUUCAAGCAGAGCGAGCUAAAGUGAAGGAAGAGAUCGAUGUCCUACAACAACAGAUCAAUGGACUACAAGCAUCAAUUAAUGAGAGUCAGAACCAGCUCCCGGCAAGUGGUGUGACGUUGUCACAGCAAAGAUCAGAUCACAUGAGAGAUGUCUUUGAUGACUACGUCAGAGAAAGGACAAAACACAACUGGAAAUUCUGGAUUUUCAGCAUUAUCAUCCGCCCUUUAUUUGAAUCCUACAAUACGUCUGUCUCGACCACAAACACUGAAGAGCUGUGCAAAACGGUCAUCUCAUGGCUGGACCAAUACUGCUCCCUUCCAGCUUUAAGACCGACUGUGUUGUCGUCCCUGACGGUGCUGAUCCGCACGACGUCAUUUCUGACUGAUCCAGCAGAGGUACCUCGUCAGGCUGCAGAGGCUGUCAACAAAAAAACAGAAGGAGGCAGUGAGACCGAGAUCUAGAUCAGCAUCAAACGCACUCACUGGCUCCAGUCCGAGAUUAUUGCCAGCUUGGACUCUUGCGGGUUCCAGUCCAUUAGUACUGCAAGUUUGGAGACUUCACCUAGCCCCCCCCCCCCCCC